AUGUGCACGGAUGAAGAAAUCGACGUUGAACACGUGUCGGACGAAGAAUCAGAUGACGAAUCGUCAUCGCCGAUUAAAGAAAGUCUAAAUCCAAACGUGAUUCAAAUCACAACGGGUCGGUUGUCAAUGAUAUCGAGAAAGACAAGAUAUGUAAUCACACGUCCGGAAAUUCUCCGACGAAUAAAUCUUCCGGAGCAUUUAAACAGCUCGGCAAUCGCUGCAUUCUUAAGAAAGCCCAAAAGAAAAAAUGGAGGUGAAGAUAUGCGUAAGCAAUUGAAAAAACAUGGAAUUGAGUUAAGCUUGUGUAAACGAAAAGCUAGCGAGAUGACGGAUAUUGCAAAUGAUUUGAAUCUCAUUAUGAACGAGAGUUAUCCAACAACAGAGAUUGCUAAAGCACUUCUUAAAGAAGCCGAAUCUGAUAAGAAAAAAAAAGAUUUGAUCGACGAAGUGAAUUCUUUUGUGCUGAUGUUUCCCAUGUUCUUCAACGCAAUGCACCUCAUCCAAGGCGAAACUUCCACCGUUCCGCAGCGAUUCUCACCAUUUCCGGUCAUUAAUGACGACGUCGAGACGUAUUCAUUAUUUACUCAUGGAUUGGGUCCGUUAACUUCGCGCAUCUGGACGCAACACUUUUAUAAAAUUGGAGUCGAUUUAGCGGCGAUGAAUUUUGAAGAGGAACUCAGAAAACGUCUUCUGCUAAUUAAUAAAAUCAAAUCUAAGGAUAGCAAAUAA